AGUAAACAGUCUGGUGGACAGCAUGGCAUCGUGCUCAGCAGAACUUCUCCCUCCUCCUCGCUGUUGUGGUCCAGUCCAAACACCCCAGCCCCAACAUUCCCUGGUUCCCCAGCUCUGUGACAUCACAGACAGCCUGCUCUCUACUCUGCCAGCUGCUGGAAACAGCCCAGCCCAAUGAACUGGGCUCAAACUCAAGACUGGCUGAUUCAACAAGGCACCCCUGCAGACAAAGCUGGCAGAGUAGAAGUUUCAACUCCUUUCCAUGGCAGCCCACCAGAACCUGAUCUUGAAGAUCUUCUGUUUAUGCUGCAGGGACUGUCAGGAGCCCUAUGCCAUCAAUGACUCCAAGGUUCCCAGUCAAACCCAAGAGCACAAGCCAUCGACCCAAAAUUUGCAGCUUCAGAAAGAUGAGCUUGACAGACAAAAUCCCAAGCGCAUUAACGCAGUCUCCCAUUUGCCUUCGAGAACACCCCUGAUCCAGACAAAAAAGAGCAUUUCCUCCGGCAGCAGUGAGUUUGAGGAUCUGAAUGCAUAUGCUUCCCAAAGAAAUUUUUACAAGAGAAACUUAAACCGCUACUGCCAGGAGCGCUGGCCAUUCCAGCCAUGCCUCACUGGGAGGCCCUGAGCAUUCUAGCCGGCGGCUGCACAGCUGCUGGGGCAUCUCCAUGAGGAAGAGGGCGGUGGACAGGAGUCAUGAAGACUAAUUCGGAAACUCCCCUGAAGGAGGAGAAGACGUCUGAGCCAUCCUUGUGCCACCAAGCAAGAGUCACUCCAGCUCCUAAAAAGCCACCAUGGGAAGAGAUGCCUCCAAUUAAAGUUCUUGAUUGCACCAGA